CGUAGUAGUGAGGCACUUACUUGGAGCUAUGUGUCCAACCCAGGCACGCGGCCCUUACUGGGGAUACAUGUGGGUAACAUGGUGGACCGAGCCGAGGACAUGUUUGGUGACAGAGAAGCCAUUGUCUCCGUCCAGCAGGGCAAGAGAGCAACAUUCUCGCAAGUUAAACAAGAGAGUGAGGAAAUAGCAGGUGGUCUAUUGGCUCUGGGUCUUGAGCGUGGAGAUCGUCUUGGUAUCUGGGCGCCCAACACCUAUGAAUGGUACCUCACAAAACUUGCUGCUGCUAAGGCUGGACUUGUACUGGUGAGAGGUAUUGAUUUCUUAAGUCAUCUCCCCACAAAGACUGGGUAAUCCAAAGAAGAAAGCUCAUUCACCAUCACUUGCUCCCUGACUGUCUUUCCAGGACACAGAUAUAACAGUCUACUG